AUGGAUCUUAGCCUUGUUAAAACUAAUUUUGCGAACUGCGGCAAACCGUUCAUUUUGAACUUCAAUAUGAACAACUUGGAGAAAACCAUUAUGGAGCUCCAUGGCAUGCUUAAGACUACAAAGUCUAACAGGGGCAAGUCAAAGCCCGUUGCUCCAGUACUGGCCAGCAGGGAGGGAGGUAUAAAGAAGAACAAGGUCGCCCUUGUAAAAGGCAAGGGAAAAGAAAAGGCUGUUCAGCCCAACCCCAAUCAUAAGUCCGGCAAAGGGAAAGCCCAAUCUGGUAUACCUCAAUCAGAGACUCCUGAGAAUGAUGUAUGCUUUCACUGCAAGGAGGUAGGACAUUGGAGGCGUUAA